AAGCCCCUUCCUCUACUACUACUCUCAUCCACAUUCACACUUGCAAACAUGGGUUGGUUUGACGACUCCGACAAGUCUGCGGCCUACGACGAGGUCAACAACGCCCCCCACAAGGCGGAGCUCUCCCAUGAGCUGAUCGCAGGCGCUGCGUCCUACGAGGCCGCCAAGGCCUACGAGAAGCACGUCGCGGCCAACGGCAAGCCCACGAGCCAUGCCGAGGCGAAGGAGCUUCUUGCUGGCUUCGCUGGUGCCUUUGUCGACCGCUUGGUUGAGACCAAGGGCCUCGACUUCGUUGACCGCGAGAAGGCGAAGCGCGAGGCUGCGAAGCACACCGACGAGAUCGUGGUGGCCGAGUACUAAGCCUGUCGCAGUUGGGGGGAAUGUGUAUUGUGAAGUCUAGCUGCGUUGUACCAUCGAUGAAAUGAAGCUCGCAUUGUGAUACCAUCCGAUAGUACUGUGCCCGAUUGACCUGAGAUUAUCAGUGCACCAUGACGUGACGAUUCUUGCGGUAUAGCAGGCACGCAAUAUCAUGAUGCUAUACAGCUUGUAUACAGCCGCUGAAUUUCAACAUGCCGCCCGUCUUUACAGAACGCAUAUGAUGUCCUGUUAGCGGAAGUGUGCUCACAGGCUCAACAAUUAUC